AUGAGCGAUUUGAAAAUGUGUACUUCGUGUAUGCACUUUUUACCCCCAGACGCUUUCAUUUAUAAAAAUAAAAAUUACAAGACCUGCUCAGAUUGCUUAACUACAAGGUCUAAUAAGAGAGCAGAAAAAAAAGUUCUUUCUACUAAUAACCAAUUAGAUAAUAUGAUUGCUUUUACUGAAAUUAUUGAAUAUGUGUCUAAUCAAAUUGCUAGUAUUGAACAAAACUCCAAGAUUUUCUUUAGCAUAUGUGUUAAACUUGACAAUGAUAUACUAGUCAAGGUUAAUCAUAAUAUGAGGCUUUUGGUAAGAUUAAUCGUAGAUGAAAUCAAAGAAGGUGAUGGAUACAAUUGGACUGUUGGUACUUUUUAUCUUCCUUAUUCUCAAAGCUGUGAACUAGAACGUGAAUAUAAGGAAUCAAAUCGCAAAAGAAUGACCCGAUUUGAUUGUCACAGCAAAUUAGUUAUUAAUGUAGAUGUGGACGCAAAAGAAAUAAGAAUUAAACUUAGUCAUGACAUUCAACAUGAGAAGCCUAUAAAUGUUAUGACUUCAGAAGAAAUAAAACGUGAAAUUAUGCUAAAUAUUCAUAUGAAUCCCGUACAAAUUCGAACACAUCUUCAUCAGAAAUUUGAUAUUUCACAAGUUACUCCAAAGCAAAUUAAUUAUUGGUGGUCUGUUUUCAACCAACAUUUUUUUAAAUUAGAUAAAGAUCUAGUUACUUCUGCACAUCGUUUUUUAGAAAAUCCUAGUAAUAAUAGCAAGUUUUGUUAUGAAUAG